AUGCAGACACGGCCGUCAUUCGACCAACUUCCACUGCGGCCGGAUGAUCCCACAAUCUCGGCUUGGAGGCUUUGGGGAGAGGAGGAUCAAGUCGGGACGUUGAACCUCAUCGACGCAGAUUCUGUGCAACGAGGCGCUGGGGAAAUCCGGCUAGGGCUUCGGUUGAGUUUGAAUUGGAGUCUUGACAUGCCCAGAACGCCUGACUUUGGAAGACAAGGCUGUAAAUUCACACAUCGAGUACAUCACGGCGAUCUGAACUUGGUCACGCUGGACGAUGAGGGAUAUACGGAGCGCAAUGGAAAGACCUAUGAUCCCGCGCAGCAGCUCAAAGUUACACACGAUGAGCUAAUGGAGUGUCUUACCGAGCAGGAAAGAUUAUCAGGACACCCGAUCGAGUUGCCAAGGGGAGAUGUACUCUUAAUUCGUUCGGGAUACACCAAGAGAUACAUGGAGUUGUCUGGUGAAGAAGAACGAAAAGGCACAUCGGUACCCCCCCGUGGCGUGCGGAAUAAACCAAGAUAUCCGAAUGCUGCGGUUCCUCUGGGACAAGCAGGUUGCUGUCGUGGGUGGCGAUGCGCCGGCACGGGAAGUGCUGCCACCAAAUUCUGA